GCCACUAAACCUCAACAAAAAGGGUGAGAGAAAAACAUGAAAACACUGGACAAUAAAAUUAACUAUCACUAAAUGUCAAUGACUAUCGUUACAAUGUCAUUGUCAAUCACUACGUGAAAUAAAAAUAAUAGAGAAAGUAAAUAUGAAAUAUGUGACAAUAUUAAUAUAAAUUAUUUACGUUGUUAUCAUUAAUAGCAUGAUAUUGUUUAUUUUUCACACUCUCAAUGUUAAAAUUACGGACAAUGUUAUGACAAUGUGAAUAAUAAUCUUAUGAAAAUGACAUUAUAAUAACGUCAGACAAUAUUGGAUCAUCAUAAAUAACUCCUCCUAUGCCAAUGGCUUCAGACGCUUCUCGAACAAGGGGUUCACACUUCACAGCCUUCUUCUGCUUCUAUUUUACACCUUUCCAACCUUCUUCUAUUUUACACCUUUCUUUGGAGCAAUUAUAGUGAUGAGUAGGGUUUGCAGUAGGGGAAUCAUCACGAUCUGUUCAACCAAUAAAACUCUAGAGUCUGCUGCCACUAACCUCUUGAAAUAAAAUAGAAAAGAAGAAAUAAUAAUUUUAGAAAUAUGAGAAAAAAUUAAACAUCACAAAAUCUUAGGAUUUAUUUGCAACAACUUCUGCUUUAAAAAAAAGUUCAUUUUUAAUGAAAUGAAGAGAAGUGAUUAUAUAAAAGUUGAAAUUGUUUGAGAAAAAAGUGAUUUUGAAAAGUAAAAGUUGGUAGUGUGGUAAAAUAAAUGCUUUUUGUGUAAUAGAAAAAGUAAAAGCACUUUUGACACAAAAUUAAGCCGAGAAAAAUAAAAUGUGGUAGUGUUUGGUGAAAUAAAUGUUUUUUUAAACAAAAAGCUGAGAAAUGCUUUUUUUAAAGCAUUUGCAAACCAACCCUUAAACAGUCACAAGGUACAACUCUAAAAAUAAAAUUACAAAAAGAAGAAGAAACGAGUAAUAGCAGAAUAGAAGAUUAGCAUAAAUGGAUAUUCGUAUGUAACGUACCUCAAGAAAGACACGGCUCGGAUGGGGAGAUUCCCGGCCGAAGAUCGAAGACAAAGCCAGUUACGGUUAGACUAUAGAGGCUAAGCCGUAAAUGGAGGGGAUAAAUUAAUAAAGGUAUACAAGUCUAAGCAUGUAAAAAACGUCCUAUUUAAGUACCCUGGUCAAUUUUAGUCCUAUAGGCAACCAUUUCUCUUCUUCGUAUCCACAACAACAAACAAAUGAUUUAAUUAGAGGAAGAAGUUCCGAAAGUCUGAUUCUUAUUUAGGCCACAAAUUGGACAAUUGAAUUCUGUUAAGAUCCGGGGUUCCAUCCUAAAAGGUCAACCUGUUAGGAGGAGUAGCCCGAAACUUAAUAUAGCACUCUAAUGCUUCUCAAUUUUCCGGUGUGGGACAUUUAACACCCCUCCUCACGACCAGACACUUCAUCUGGAUCGUGUCGUCAUCCAUUUUUUCACCGGUUCGUCAAUUGUUUUUAUAUCGUGUCGUCAUUUUUCAUAAGGGGCCCCAUACCAUGGAUUGAUUUGACUCUGAUACCAUUUUAAGACCCGGGGUUCCAUCCUAAAAGGUAAACCUGUUAGGAGGAGUAGCCUGAAACUUAAUAUAGCACUCUAAUGCUUCUCAAUUGUUAAAUGUCCCACACCGGAAACAUUUGGAUGAACAUAGUGCUAUAUUAACAGACGGGCCACUCCUCCUAUCAGGUUGACCUUUUAGGAUAAAACCCCGGGUCUUAAUAUGGUAUCAAAGCCAAUUCCGGUUGUGGUUUGACGGCUUAUUUAGCACCCAUGAUUAAGGGUAGCUUGUUAGGGGUUUGUUUGGUCCGAUUAUACACCCCGAUAUUGUCCAGCCCGGUUCGGGCUGGGGGGGAGUGUUGAAGCAUUUGUCCCACACCAGAAAGCUAUAAAACCAUUAAAUACUAUAAGGCUUUGGAUUACUCCUCCUAUCAGGUUGACCUUUUAGGAUGGAACCCCGUGUUUUAACAUGGUAUCAGAGUCAAAUCGAUCCAUGGUGUGGGCCCCUUAAGAAAAAUGAUGACACGAUUAUAAAAACGGCCGGAUAAAAAAAACAGACCUAUGAAAAAAAAUGAAUGAUUGCAUGAUCCAGACGAAGUGUCUGGUCGUGAGGAGGGGUGUUAAAUGUCCCACACCGGAAGCAUUUGGAUGAACAAAGUGCUAUAUUAACACACGGGUUACUCCUCCUAUCAGGUUGACCUUUUAGGAUGAAAACCCGGGUCUUAACAAAUUCAUUUUCACACCGAUUAUUGAAUGCCCUAAUUGCAUAAACCAUUUCGACCAGUGAUCUUCAUCAAAGAAUGGUUUGGAAAAACAUAAGUAAACUACAAAUAGUAACACUCUUCAGCAAUAAAGAUGGAGAUACAAGAAAUAUAGAGAUCAGACUAACAAAUUAGCUACUGAAAUAUACUCAUAUUAUUCUGUUCCCAUAAAACUUGGGAGCAUUGAUUUGUUUGGUCAAUAUUGAUCAAAUUUGAUAAAUCGUACGAGUAAUUUUUAAUAAGAAAUUAUUUAAAAUAAAAAUAUGUAUAUAAAUUACUUUUUGUUAAAAUACAUUCAUAGACAUAUAAAAAUUUAAAAUUCGCAAAAAUAUAACACCUACAAUCAUUACAAUAUACUUAUUAUAAUUGCAGUGACAUGUAUAGUUCAUAAAUUUACAAGAAUAAUCACACUUUGUUUUUUCUCUGAUCUUCUCAUAGUAAUUCCACCUUUACGUAAUUUCAGAAUAAUUCCGCCUUUGCACCCCAUCUUUUUUCGUUGGACUCUGUCCUGUUGAUGAACUACUAUACCAGGUUUUUUACCCUUUCGUUGAAAACCUUAUAUAAAUAAUCUCACCUUUCACAAAUCUGCUCAAAGCGAUCCCAUGUUUCAUUUUUUUCUUUUUUCUCCCUAAAUUUUUUUCUUUAUUUUCAUCCCAACACACUUUUAUUCCUUUUUGUAUCCUUUUGUUCUUAUUUUUUUUCUAUUUUUAUUAUUCUAUUUCUUACUCUAUUAGGAGAUUUUUUUGGAAAAUUUCUCUUUCAAAAUAUCUCUUUUUUGUCAUUUUCUUUUACUUUCCAUAUUUUAUUUCGUUUUCCAUUUUGUGUUUUGGGUAUAAAAAAAACUGGUAUAGUAGAGCAUCAACAGUCAGGGUCCAAUGAAAGAAGAUGAGGUAUUGAGGUGCAAAUGUGAGAUUAUUCUGAAAUUAUGUAAACAUAAGAUUAUUAUGAGAAGAUGUGAAAAUUGAGAUUAUUCUUCUCAAUUUUUCCUCAAUUCUAUUGAUAAUUAAAAAUAUCAUCUAUUGACAACGGUCCUCUCACUAAUUUUGCUUUUGCAAUUAGUUUGGCUUUGCCGUUGCUCUAGCUUCGAUGAAAGUUUUGGAUUCGAAACAGUACGCUACCUUCGAGAGAAAGGUGCUUUAUCUUGGCCCGCCAGAUACUUUCAAGACUAGCCAUUUUUCUUUGCAUUUGUUUUUCUUUUUUCCUUAAUUUUGAGUGUGUGUCUUGUUCUUACUUCUGUUUGGUUUAGAUUUUUGUUACUCUGGAAUGUGAGGUGUAUUUAUUAAUUUGGUGAUUAGCAAGAGACAGGAAUUUACUAUAGGAACUUGCAGGAAUUUACUACGUUGAACAACAAGACGUCAAUUUAUUAGUCACUAUAGGCUUCAAUUUGGUUGUUUGACAUUAGCGAGUCACUUGGGCGCCGUUUUUAGAGCCCCUAAAUUUAUGGGGCACCAAAUUUUUAAAUUUCUUUCAGUAUUAUAUAUAGUAUAAAGUAAUAUUCCGUAUUAUACAUAGUAUAUUAAUACCACUCAGUAAAAUACAGUAAGUAGAAGAAAAAAUAUAGAUUCAUCAUUUUCUUGUUAAUUCUUUUACUAUUUUAAUUCUCUUUAAUGAGUAUUCAAUUGAUUUUAUUAUUAGAUUGAUAUUUUUUUAAAUUUUUUAUAUUAAUUUGGGGCCUCAAUUUUAAUUUUAGAACCGGGGCAUGAUUACACGGCUCUGGCGCCGAGUCGAGUCAUUGCACUUGAUUAAGAGCAAUUGACUAUAUAUGUAGUUCUAGGGCAGUAAGGCUCGUGAAUGGAUUGAUUAUGUUGUUGUUGUGCACAUGUGCCAGUUUGUGGGAGAUUAAUUUAAGCCUUUUCCAAUAAAAAGAAUGUACUAUCAUAAUACGGAGUACAAAAUUAACUAUCACUAACCAAAACAAGUUUAUUUUGAUCAAAUUUAUUUUAUGAAGAUGAGUGAGAACAGACUUACAAUAAAACACAUGUACAAGAGAACUGCACCCUUAUUAACCCCUUUGAAUAUAUCCGUAUCAUUCAUGACUUCUCUUGCAUGAAUUUUCCAGAACCAAAAAAAUAUGGAGGGGGCAAAUGACAAACUUAAAUGUCCAAUCAAUUAAUAGACUUGUAUCUUUAAGUUAUGAGACGUCUACCAUUGAACUAUAUCAGCAAAUCUGUGCGCCAAAUAUUGAUUCGGCCAUAAAUUAUGAACAAGCUUAUCCUCCGACCGGUCUUUUUGUCGAUCGACAAAAUCAAAGCAUAGGAAAAAAACCGCAUGUAAUUAAUGGCCACCUUAUAUAUUUUAGCCUUGAUCCAUCUUUUCAAUCUCAACAAACAAGGGUUAGGAAAACAAAACUGGAAAUAAAAUCAAUCAUCACUAAAUCUAGAGAAAUUAAUUCAGCAAUUAGAAAAAAAUAUAGGGAUCGGAGGAUGAAGAGAGAAAGUAAGAGAGUGGGGCGACCGAAGAGAGCGAGCACACAUGGAUUCAAGCAUAGAAAUCAUGCCGGAAAUACCCAAUUGUGCUCUCUCUCUUCUGUCACCUCCAUAUUACCCAUUUCGAUCUGAAAGUGAACUCUUGAAAUAUUGAAUCAUUCUUCAAGGAAAUAAAGAGACGAAAAGCCACUGCAUAAGAAGAAAACUUCAUGUAAUUAAGAUUAGCCCUAAAAGCGGGUGGUAUUUAUUGCUACAUUUGGGAAAGGGGAAGGUUUGUAGUGGUUUUGAU